AUAAAAAAAUUCGAAAACAGGGGCUUGUUAGUAUUACUCAUUUACUCAAUUCCCUCUCUUGCUCUCAGCUCUCCUUCGCUCUAACCCUAAAAACUCUACACAACUCUUCCUCCACCUCCACUGUCGCUGCCGCACUCCCGCACCACGCCACCGCCGGCUGAUGCUCCAUCACAGACGCCUUCCGCCGCUGCUUCCUGGUGCUUUGAGCCUUUGACGUUUUCGGUGCUGCACUGCUGCUGUGGGUUGUUCGAAUCGAACACAGUCGAACACUCGAACUCGAAGGUUGACAAACCCUAAUCCCUAAAAAUCGAAAUUUUUGAUUUUGUUUAAGUUCAUGUUCUAGAAAUUGUAUUCUAUACUUAUUUGUGCUUUCUAUCUAAAUGGCAAUUGGGUUGUUCAAAUUCAUGUUUAAGCCUGGAAUUGCUGCUUUUUGGGGAUCUACAUCAAUUAUAAGAUCAAUUUCUUCUGUACAUCAUGUUGCAUCUAGGGCUAGAGACCCAACAUUUGAGAAAUAUAUGGACCAUUAUAAGAACCUUGUUAAAGUUAUUGCAAUUCAUGACCUGAUUCUUGCAAACCCUAACAAAACCCCACCUUGUGUAUCAAUAGAUUUCUUAUCUAGGCUCUCCCAAAAGCUCCAUCUUAAUCGGGGCGCUCCGUCGUUUCUUCGUAAAUACCCUCACAUUUUUGUGAAAUUCCAUGAUCCCACAAAGUCUACCCCUUUUUGUAAAUUAACUGAUAAGGUGUUUGAAGUUUCCCAGCUUGAGGCUGAUGCUAUUAAGGAGUCUUUGCCAUUAGUUGUAGAACGUUUAGUUCGGAUUCUUUCAAUGUCGAAAUCUAAGUCAUUGCCAUUACGAGCAAUCUUUAAGGUGUGGAGGGAGUUAGGUCUUCCUGAUGAUUUUGAGGAGUCUGUGAUUGCCCGAAAUUUGGAGCUGUUUUCGCUUUGUGAUGGGAAUGAGCCUAAUACCCAUGUUUUGAAACUUAUCCCUAGCUACCCUAGUGGUCAUUUUACUGCUGCGGUUGAGGAUUGGCGAGUUUUGGAGUGUUGUAAUGAGGAUACAAAGGUUGAUAGAAUGGAUAUUCGAUAUAGCUUUAAGCAAGGAUUUCCUCCAGGUAUGAGAUUGCGGAAGUCUUUUAAGCAAAAGGUUAAAGAAUGGCAGAAAUUACCUUAUAUUGGUCCAUAUGAAGAAUUUUGGGACAAAAGAAGAUCAAAAAUUGGAAUGCAGGCGUUGGAGAAACGAGCAGUUGCCAUUGUUCACGAAUUCAUGAGUUUGACUGUGGAGAAGAUGGUGGAAGUGGAGAAGAUAAGUCAUUUUAGGAAGUGGUUUGGGAUUGAUUUGAAUAUUAGAGACCUAUUUCUGGACUACCCUGGGAUAUUUUAUUUGUCCACAAAAGGGAAGAGGCACACGGUUUUUCUGAGAGAAGCUUACGAAAGGGGACGAUUGAUCAAUCCAAAUCCUGUUUAUGAGGCUCGAAUGAAGCUCCUUCAUUUGGUUAUGAUGGAACGCCGUGGGAUGUUAACUGUGCCACCCAAGAUGGUGAAUGAGGCUGCUGUUAUGCAAGAUGAAGUGGCUUUUGCAGCUAACCUUUGAGGCAGGGCGUUUUGGUGUCUGUUCUGCAAUAAGUUCAUUUGUGAUACGAUGAAAGAUACUACUAGAAAAUCGGCGUGGUUGACAAUCGACAUAUCUUUUUUCUUGCAUAAUCCCGCAUGAUGCUAUUAAUAGUAGAGCACAUGUGUGCAGUCGGUUUUGAAGCAGUUUUACCAGAUACUAAAUCAUCAAAUUAGCCUCCGAAACACCUCGGCCGCAAUCAGUAGAGUUGUCGAGCAUCCGUGUCAUUAGCUCCAUGUUGAUAUGUUAACAAUUCUGGUAACUGGCUGCGUACAUGAUCGAAUAGUUUUUUGACACUGAUAUGGAAGAACAAACUUGUUUCUGUUACUGAUUGAGGCUAUCAAGUAUCUGUAGAGAAUAAAAGCGGGAUGGAGUUAACUCCAUCCCGAAUUCGUAAAUCGUACCUUCAUUGGAAGGAAAUCAUUCUAGCUUUUAGACUUUCAACAUCUCUUCAUUGUUGUAAUAGACAUGAAAAUAAUAAAAGUGUGUUAAGUACUAAUCUCAAAAUAUAAAAAUCGGUUGUGUGCAUGACACAACUUCAGUUUUUCUA